GCUUCAUCCUCCAGUCUGACGGUGGCGCUGUCCCGCGGACGUCAUUGUCUUCCGGGUGAACCCUUCACUUGGCCGCCUGGUGCAGCCAUCAGUCCUUCCGGCUUUGCCGCCAUUACAGACAGCAGACAUGGCUAUUCGCUACCCGAUGGCCGUCGGCCUCAAUAAAGGCCACCGAGUCACCAAAAACGUCACCGCCCCCAAACACAGCCGCCGACGCGGGCGUCUGACCAAGCACAGCAAGUUUGUCCGAGACAUGAUCCGCGAGGUGUGCGGCUUUGCUCCGUACGAGAGGCGAGCCAUGGAGUUGCUCAAAGUGUCCAAGGACAAGCGGGCGCUCAAGUUCAUCAAGAAAAGGAUUGGCACCCACAUCCGGGCCAAGAGAAAGCGUGAGGAGCUGAGCAACGUGCUGGCCGCCAUGAGGAAGGCCGCUGCCAAGAAGGACUAAUUUGUCUGAAUAAAUGUUUGACUAUA